UGUGUCUAAAUCUUUUGAUAAAGUGAAGGUUGGCAUGGAUAUUAUUAGAGAAAUUGUUGGCGGUGGUGGUGGUGGUGAGAUCACAUGGGAAUAUGUGAAUCGUCAAUUGACUAGUUUGGUUGAUGGAAAACAUUUCUUACUCGUGCUAGACGAUGUUUGGAGUGAAGAUCCUAUUCAGUGGGACCCAUUGAGGUUAUCUCUCAAACAUGGCUCUCAAGGUAGUAGAAUUAUUGUCACGACUCGUAAUGAGAGAGUUGCAGGCAUGAUGGGUACAACAUAUGUCCAUAAAUUAGAAAUAUUGUCUGACGAAGCCUGUUGGUCAUUGUUGAGACAGUAUGCCUUUGUUGGAAGGCAAGAAGAAGAAGAAGAGUGUGAGAAAUUGAAAGCAAUUGGCAUGGAACUAGCAAAGAAGUGUAAUGGAUUGCCUUUGUCAGCAAAGACUUUAGGAAGUCUUUUGCGGUUCAAAGAGUCAAAACAGGAUUGGCAAUAUGUGUUGGAGAGUGAUAUAUGGAGGGUUGUAUCAACCGUUGAUAAACCAGUGUUGCCGGCUUUGUUACUAAGCUAUAAUGAUUUACCCUCUCAUUUAAAACAAUGCUUUGCAUAUUGUUCUCUCUUCCCCAGAGGGAAUUAUCCUUUUACCAAAUUGUCCGUAAUCAUUGAAUGGAUGGCACAAGGCUUUCUUAGUGACAGUAUGGCAGCAGCAAGCAGCAGCGAUGAAGAUUUGAUUAGAGUAUCUGAUGAGUACUUCAAUAAUUUGGUCAUGCGCUCAUUUUUUCAAAAAGAUGUUAUAAAUUCAAGAAGAAUCAUACAACUUUAUCAAAUGCAUGAUGUUAUCCAUGAUUUUGCAAAAUCCCUUGUAGAGAAGGAAUGCUUUACUUUGAUGAUUGAUGCUACUGCUGUUGCUGCUGCUGCUCAGGAGGAAUUUAUUAACUUUAGCAAAGCCCGUCAUUUAUGUGUAUCAAUAGCAGAAGAGAUACGUAGGAUUCCUGCUUUCAUUUACAAGGCAAAGAAACUGCGCACUCUUAAAAACAUUGGAGCACCGGUUCCUUCAAUUUCUUUUUCUGAGUUAUUUCGUCACUUAACAUGUCUGACGACACUAGAUUUGGGUGGUACUUACCUUGAAGAGCUUCCAAAAGAGAUAGAGAAGUUGAUACAUCUAAGGUACCUUAACUUGUCUGGGGCAAGGUUUAAAGAACUACCUAAAACAUUGACUAGUCUGUACAAUUUGCAAGUAUUAAUUCUUUACGGAUGCAUGAAUCUUUGUAAACUAUCUGAAGAGAUUGGGAGAUUGGUUAAUUUGAUAGUUCUUGAGCUGACAGAAUGCCGCCAACUAAGUUAUUUACCGAAAGGAAUUGGGAGAUUAAGCAGACUGCGUAGUUUAUCAGAUUUCAUUGUCAGUGGUGGGGUGGAGAUCAAUGGAGGAUGUAAGAUUCGAGAAUUACAAGAUCUCAACUUCCUCAAAGAUACUCUAAGGAUAAUUGGUUUGGGGAGAGUGGAAAACGGAAAUGAGUCUGAAAUGGCAUGCUUGAAGAAUAAGCAACAGCUUCGUGCUCUGUAUUUUUAUUUUAAUCAAUUUACCAGUGCUUCACUAGUUGAUGAGGAGGUCGUUAAUGAAGAAGAAGAAGAAGAAGAAGAAGAAGAAGAAGAAGAAGUUGAUGGAGGAGAUAUGUUGUCGAGGAGGAGGAUGGAGGAUGUUCUGGAAAGCCUCCGACCACAUCCAAACCUUGAGAAACUAAUAAUUCGGGACUACCCUGGUGCUGUGUACCCGAAUUGGAUGAUGGGUAGUGACUUCAUGAUGUUCUCCAAUCUGGUUUUCUUGGAACUCAGUAAUUGCAGGAAGUGUAAGCAUCUGCCUCCGAGGAGGAAAACUACAAUCCCUUGAAACCCUUGUAAUAAUU